GCUCAAAUGAAAUCUAGCUCUUUAAGAGCCCAGCCGGCACAGCCUGGUUACUGGUUAAUCUACCUGGCUUAGCUCUUGAUGCUUCCAUCCAUGAUGAUGUCACCAUCGAUCAGGUUACUCAGGUGGUAUGAAUUCGCCAACUGCGUAAUGAAGAAAACGAAGUCUCCGGAAACCUGUUCAGGUGGCCCAGGAGUCAGAAUGCAGUUCUCAGGAGCCGGAAAGCCUCUAAUUAAAUUCAGGCACUGUGAGAGGUCCAUCUACAGUUUCAGUGUACCCCAAUGCUGCCCCCUGUGCCAGGGGGACAUGGGCUCCACCAGGAUAGAGGACGCACCUAUCAGCAUCUCGGACCCGUUCUCCAAUGGGCAUCAAGAGAAAUGCUCCUUCCUCCUCAAGCCUACGAGAGGGACGUUCCUUAGGGAAUAUGAUGGAAAGUCUGAUCUGCAUGUUGGACUCACUAACACACGAGGGGUCGUGUAUAACUACAACGAACACGGCAUACAGCGGGACGAGGCAGGAUGGGAGCAGAGUCUCAGCGUCCCUCUGGUGCAGCCCAGCAUGUUUGGGCUGAUGGACCAGUGGGACAAGUACUUGGAAGACUUCUCUGCUUCUCCGGCCUGGCUGCCUCACAGGUACGAGGAGAACCACCACAACUGCUCCAGCUUUGCCCUCACCUUCAUUAACUGCAUCCUUGCCAUGGAGGGCAAAGAGCAGCUGGACAAGAGGGAGUUCACGGAGAAGUACGUGGUCCCGAGGACGCGCCUGGCCUCCAAGUACAUCAUGCUCUACAGGGCCAUCCAGGAGAGGGGCUUCCACGUGGCUGACCAUCCCGACCCAGUGACAAGUCCCUCGUGAGCAGUCUGUGUUGGGUGCUUCCAGUGAGGGCAGUUGGGGCAGGACAUUCGGGUUUACGAUUUUUAAAUGGUACUGCGGAUUCCUAACUGUAUUUAACUGUGGCUAAUAAAA